AGGAUGAGGAGGAGGAGAAGGUGGGGCCGGUGGGCGAUGUUCGCCUGGCAAGCUCCUGGGGCUCGGAGCUUAGGGCGGGGCGGCCGGUGGUUGUCCGCGGUCCCUGCUGCUAGGACCUGCGCCGAGAGGGGAGCGGCGUCGCCUCACUUGCACCUUCCCGGACUGCUUUCUGAGGCCUUGAGCCGAGACCCAUCAGGAGCUCCCCUGCUUCCCCGGACUCGAGCGCCUCCUGUCUUGGCCGCUCCCGGUGUCCGCCCCAUCCGUGCCCUUCCCCACCGCGGUCGCAGGCCCCUUGAGAGCGAGCUCUACCCCUUCCCCUUUCCCAGGCAGACCCAGAGCCCCCGAAGCCCGCUCUACCAUCGCCUGUAGCCGCCGCUCUUCCCCUCUCUGGUCCGUGUGGUGGUUGGUUACCAUGGUGAAGCUGGCAGCCAAAUGCAUCCUGGCAGGAGACCCAGCGGUGGGGCCAAGACCCGCCCUGGCACAGAUCUUCCGCAGCGAUGGCAACCCAUUUCCAGAAGAUCACAUUCUUGGUUUUCCUCUGUAGACAACCGGGGUGGAUUUGGUGGUGAAGACAGUGCUGGUUCCCGACACAGGUGACAGCGUGGAAUUCUUCAUUUUUGACUCUGCUGGCAAGGAGCUGUUUUCUGAAAUGCUGGAUAGAUUGUGGGAGAGUCCCAACGUCUUGUGUCUUGUCUACGAUGUGACCAAUGAGCAGUCCUUCAACAACUGCAGCAAGUGGCUGGAGAAGGCGCGUGCACUGGCCCCAGGCCUCUCCCUCCCAGGUGUUUUAGUGGGAAAUAAAGCAGACCUGGCCGGCAGACGAGUGGUGGAGUCAGCCCAGGCCCAGAUGUGGGCGCUGGGCCAAGGCCUGGAAUGUUUUGAAACAUCCGUGAAGGAGAUGGAAAACUAUGAGGCCCCUUUCUACUGUCUGGCCAGGCAGUUCCACCAGCUGUACCGGGAGAAGGUGGAAGUUUUCCACUCCUUGGUGUGAAGAUGUUGGGUGAAGUGUGCCUUCCGGUGGUACAGGACUGCCAGGGAGCUGGCAAGAGGCGCUAUCUCCUUGGAAGAUGAGAAGAUGGGAUUGCUUGUGCACUUCCUAUAUAUCAUGACAGCUUUAAAUAAAAUUAGGAUAAAAUGUA